AUGAAUAAUAACUUUAUUUUUUUGCUAAUUAUUUUAUUCCAGGUAAUGGGUGAUGAAGAAAAUGAAAUCGGCUUACCUCAAAAGGGUUUGAAUAUGAUUAUUAAGGAUGUUAUUCCUGAUAUGAGAAUAGCUAAUGAAUCACGUGAAUUAUUAAAUGCUUGCUGCGUAGAAUUUGUUAAAUAUGUUUCACGUGAAGCGCAACGUAUUUCUGCUGGUGAUCAACGAAAAACAAUCUAUCAUGAGCAUGUACAGAAAGGUAUAUCAGAAUCAUAUUACUUUCGUGUUUGA